UGGCUAGUGGUAAGGCUAUCGCGAUAGGCGCACCUAUCUCUGAAGGUGGUAGCGGUUCGAUAGCCAUCGCUUCAGCCAAAGCGGUUGGUAAGGAGGCGGCUGCUGCAACUGCCGCGGCGGUGGAUGAGCCUUGCGACGAUAGAGGUCCAGAAGGCGAAGACAAAGGGAAAACCAUUAGCAAAUCGAAGAGUAGUGGCGAUAAAGAGGAUUGAGCCAGCUUGUCUAGUGUCUGUUACAAUAAAACCAUAUUCAUUUAAGUUUUUUGUUUGGGUCCCAACCCCUUUGCUAUUACCGGUGUCAGAACGUGCAUCUUGCUACCAACCUUGAAACGUCGUCAAAGUCUCAAUUUGAAACGAUAACACUUUGAAAAGGAAAGUAUAGCUUCAUUACGAUGGAAAUAAACAGGAUUGUGGUAUCUAUACUUGGCGUCACAAUAUGUUACUAGCCUGAUGCAAAAAUAUUGUGAAAUAAUGGAUUAAUAUUAAAAAUAUGUGGAAAAAAAAACACCAGCUAUUAAUGCACUUCUAUUCUAUUAUAAAUAACAAUAACUGUUUGUGCAAAUGUUAAUGAUAAACUGCUGAUGUCAAAUUCUGUUAUGGCUUUCUAAAGAGAACAAGGCUCAUUGCAUUUUAUGCCUAUAAAAGAAUAAUAAAUACAUUGUCACCAGCAACAUUUCAAUGAACGUUAUAAAAGCUUGAAGUUACUAAAGAAAGGUAAAUCAAAAUGAGGUUUGUUGUGAUUUUCACAAUUAUUGCUGUGUACUUCGUAAAGUCAGCUCCGGCGAUCACCCUGGGCAGGAGCGAUGGCCCUUUAGUGGCGUCUCUAGAUUUACCGGACGAAGACGGCGAUGCAACGGCGUUUGCGAUCUCUGGAAAACACACUGCCGCAGCCGGAGCCUUAUCCACUGACGGUGCUGCCGUAGCUGCCGCAGGUCAGGGCAAUGCAGUGGCCGCAGCGGCAGGAGACGGUGAGAUCGUAACCGCAGUUGCUUCAUCACUUUUAGACGGAAACGAUGAAGCUGACAGUGAUAGCGGUGAUCGAUCUAAUGGCAGUGAUACUAAAGAGUAACCUGAUGAUGAAGGAAAUGGUGGUGGCUCUGAUGAAGAUAGUGGACCUGUUGUCGCUCAAGGCAAUAGUGGUGGAACCAAGGGUGGAGAUGCCGAGGGCCAAGCUGAAGGUGACGUGGACAGUGAUUCGGAUAGUGAUACUGACGGCAAAGAACAAGAUUAAAUUAACUUAAUUAUAGAUUUAAAUAUUAUUAUGUACAACA